GCGCUCCUUCCUACCGCCGAGCCCCUCAACAUCCAAGCUGUCUCUCUUCCUUCUCUCUAAAUGCCUCCCUUCUUCUCUUACACUACCCUCCCUUACCAACUGACACAGCUCCCCUAUCCUAUGCGCAACUUCCCCGAGUACCUGGUGGAGCUGACGGACGUGGAGCAGUUGCCGCCCGCUGACGAGGACGCGUGGGAGCUGCAUCGGGCGCUUUAUUCGUCGGUGGUGCUGGGCAUGUUUACAUUUUUCGUGGAGCACGAAGUUCAUAACAUUGGCGAGCUCCUCUACGUAUACUACGUGAUUGCCAAGCCGAAGCCGGAGCGGAAGGAGGGAACGGUGGCGCUUUACCCUUUUGGGAGGAUCGAAACGAAUCGCCCGGGGCUCUUACAACUCGUUCACAUCGAGUUGUUGUCCAUCGCGAAGGUAAUCGCCGCGGAAGUAGAAAACUUGCAGCUCAGACUGCGGACCGCCUCAGCCCCGUGCAGAUCGUAUAACGCGGCGGUGACACCUGACUACCUGGCGCGUGAGGGGGAGUCCAUGGUGGACUUCGGGCACGAAGAUAAGCCGCUGCGGCCCCCAUCAUCGUAUCCAAAGCUGGCGGCCCUGAAGGCACCGAGAAAGAGAACCGUCCCGAAGCGGCGACGAAGUCCAUCGCCGGAAGCUCAGGCCAGUCGAGUGGGGCCUGUCGAGGAGGUCGUCCAGCCUGCGCCGGUGCGCGAAGUCGAUCCGGUUCGCGAGAGAAGAGCCACACUCAUCAUCGGGCCCCGACUGGCCCGACUGGGGGAGGACUGCCCCGCCGAAGAACCGCGGAGCCAUCGGGAGUCGACACCUCAGCGGCCCCGCCUCCCCGAUCUCAAUAGCCAUGCAGUCGGGCCAUCAGGCGCAGGGGGGGGAUUGGGACGAGUUCCAUAUCCCACAUCCAGACCCCCCCUCCUUGCAGGACCGUUCCGAUUUCGCCAGCCCACCCGGGAUACCCCGGUCAUUGACAUUAGCAGUUCCACCGACGUGGAUCACAUGGUGGAACUGGCCACCAUCCGGCUUGAGGUCAUCGAGGGGGCGCCACGUCCUGAUCCGGCAUGGGAGGCGUUCUUGCGGCCUCCGUUCGACGGAUGUAUAGCGGCGAGGUUCGUGGGCACGCUCAUCUACGAGACCGGCGGGCGACGCAACAUUAUGUACCAUAUCUUGGUCUUCGCGGCGGUUAAGCGGGAGCGGAGGCCAUACACGGAGACCCAUCUGGUGCUGAUGGGUCCGAGAAAUCGGCCGCUGCGACGACGAAUCACUCAGCGAUCGCUGAUCUCGCGCCCCGGGUCCUCUCACAUGUGCCGGGGGCUUUCCUCUACCCCUCCUUUGUCCAGCACCACUUCAAUGAAGUGGAAGUGCCAGCCAACUUGGCCGCGCUCGCGGCAUUUCUCCCUCCUUUUCCCCCCCUCUCAAUCCGGAGAUUGAUUACUUCCUAUGAUCAUCUCCACCACCACCACCUCUUUCUUUUUCUUCUUCUUUUCCGGAUCUAAAGCUCGUGCGAUGAUACG